AUGAAGUUCACUUCAAGCUAUCUUGCCGCCCUGGCACUUGUUCCCCUGGCCAUGGCUGCUCCGCAGCCCGAGCACCGCGAUGUCCUCACCGACUUGUUCAAGGUCGACGGCGAGCACUGGCUCCAAGCCGUCAAGGAGGAGGCUGCUCGUCAGGAGGCCUCUGCUCCUAAGGGCCUCCAGGCGCGUAAUGAUGGAAAGUUCAAGGUCCACGCCAUGUACACCGAUAAUAUGAUCAACCUUGGUGACGUGGACUACUUCCAUGCCCUCUGGCAGCGUAUGUACGACGUUAGUAACGAUAGAGGCGGUCUCUCUGACACCACUACCGGCGCUUGGCAUAAAUUCUGCCAGAAACCUAACGAGGGUCCUAAUAUUGAGGACCGCUUUAUCCUCGACGGCCAGUGGGGUGCUGUCUCUGGUGUCAGCGGCUGGCAGAUGCGCGACGCCCUAAUCCACUCUAUGUGGGAGACGGCCAGGACUAUCGGCACCACGGGCAGUAAUGCCUACACUGUCUACAGCGACUGCUACGGCUGGACGUGGCAGGAGUCCGUGCCGAAUAAUAAGAAUGCCGCCUGCGGUCCCUCUGCUAGAGUCCAAUGCCCCAAGAACGACGACUGCCCUGCACACGGUAUGGAAUGCGAACACUCUAAGCCUGGAGCCUGGUUACCCAGUAUUAUCCGUAUCAAUGUUUAUAACCCUGAUGGAUCUCUCCGUGCCGAUGCCUACCAGGCACGCAUUUCCUCCGAGGGUUUAGGUGGCAAGGGCUGCGACAAGCUUACCCAGGUUGCUGCCGCUGUUUCUGGAUUCCUUCCCGGUGCCGGUCAGUACUUUGCUGCUGGCAUCAGUGUCCAGUGCGUCUUCCGUUCCUAA